AUGGCUUCAUCAUCAUCAGGGCCUAGUAGUAGCAGUAGUUCUUCAUCUGCGUCCUCCCGUAGUCCUUCUUCGUCUUCUUCUUAUGAGGUGUUUAUCAAUUUCAGAGGUCCAGCUACUCGCACAAACUUUGAUGUUCGACAUCAGACCGGAAGUUUUGAGUUUCCAUUUCAGGAACACCAGAGGAAGUAUAAGUCUGAUGAUGUAGAACGUUGGAAGAAUGCUUUGAAAGAGGUGGGGAAACUCAAGGGAUGGACUCUCAAGGGAGACGCAACUAUUGAGGAUCAGUCAAAUUUAGUCGAGUUAAUUGUUCAAAGGGCUUUGAGAGAACUAAAACGCACCCCAUUGGAUGAAUGUAAACACCCUGUUGGAAUAGAUUCCCACAUUGAUAAACUACUUCCUUUGUUAAAUACUGGUUUCGAUGAUGUAAGAUUUGUGGCAAUAUGUGGCAUGGGCGGCCUUGGAAAGACAACUAUUGCAAAGGCUGUCUAUAAUUGCAUCUUUAGAAGCUUUAAUGUAAGUAGCUUUCUUAUAGAUGUGAGAGAAGAAGCUUCACAAGGAAAUAAGGGUUUUGUUUCUUUGCAGAAGCGACUUCUUAAAGAUAUCUUGGACAUGGACGAAGACAUAAGCAAUUCUUCUCAAGGAUCAAAAUUGUUAGAAAAGAGACUUCAUAGAGAAAAAAUUCUUCUUAUUCUCGAUGACGUGGACAAUUAUAAACAACUUGAUGCAUUAGCUGGUGGAAUAAAUUGGUUUGGUCAAGGAUGCAGGGUCAUCAUAACAACUAGAGAUGACCAUUGUUUGAAUGUACAUAAAGCUGUUAAAGAUAUCAAAAUAUAUAAGCCUAAAGAACUAAUUACUGAGAAUUAUCUUCAACUCUUUAGUUUGCAUGCCUUUCAAUGA